GUUUAUAGUUUGUGGGCCACUCUGUAAAGGGUUAAAACAUCUUUGGCCAGACGUCAAAUGCUCUCUGAUUCCCCACAGCGAUCAGAUGAGAGAGCUGCACGUUUCUCUGUGUGUCUCCGGGUCCAUGUUGGAGUUGAUCUGCUCUGCUGGGUCAUUUCAGGCCACGUCUGUCCGAUCACAGGAGCAAACGCUGAUAUUACAGGGAUAUCUAAUAAAGGACAUACACACAGACUGUGUUGCAGCUUCGAGGCCAAAGCAAGCCAAGCAGCUCUCAUGACAAGCUGUAGGGGGAAGUAAGGCAGGAUGUAAGAUUUUCAUGUUGGGAGGGAUUCGUGCAGCUCAGCCCUGGCAGGACUAAGCGUUCCCACGUCUUUCUGCCUCUGCUGCUCCAGACCGCUGUGGGACGACUCGGAUAUCACAAAGAACAAGAUAUCAGCGAGUCCGUGGAUGACAACAGCAUGAUGUUUAAGGCCUAAUAUACAGCAGUAUGUCAGAGCAAGCAGACAAAUGCACCUCCCGCUGGAAAGAUGAGGCCAUGCAGAAUGGGUACAUACCAAGUUAUCUGGACAAGGAUGAGCUGUGUGUUGUGUGUGGGGACAAAGCGACUGGUUAUCAUUACCGCUGCAUUACCUGUGAGGGCUGCAAAGGCUUUUUUCGACGCACAAUUCAGAAGAACUUGAACCCAACAUACGCGUGCAAGUAUGAGGGCAAGUGCAUCAUUGACAAAGUCACGCGCAACCAGUGCCAAGAAUGUCGCUUCAAGAAAUGCAUCGCUGUCGGCAUGGCAACAGACUUGGUGUUGGAUGACAGUAAGCGUCUAGCCAAGCGGAAGCUGAUCGAGGAGAACCGCGAGCGACGGCGGCGCGAGGAGCUGCAGAAGACGGUGUGGGAGCGACCCGAGCCCACGCAGGAGGAGUGGGAGCUGAUCCGGGUCGUCACCGAGGCCCAUAUGGCCACAAACGCCCAAGGCAACCACUGGAAACAGAAGCGCAAAUUCCUGAGUGCAGUGGGGGUGAAGGAAGCCAAGCCCGAGGACAUCGGUUCUGCGCCCAUCGUCAACGCACCAGAGGGGAGCAAAGUGGACAUAGAAGCCUUCAGUCAGUUUACAAAAAUUAUCACCCCCGCCAUCACUCGUGUUGUGGAUUUUGCCAAAAAGCUGCCCAUGUUCUGUGAGUUGCCUUGUGAGGACCAGAUCAUUUUGCUGAAGGGCUGCUGUAUGGAGAUCAUGUCUCUACGAGCGGCAGUGCGAUAUGAUCCUGAGAGCGAGACUCUGACGCUGAACGGGGAGAUGGCCGUCACGCGGGGCCAGCUCAAGAACGGGGGUCUGGGCGUGGUCUCGGACGCCAUCUUUGAUCUGGGUGUCUCGCUGUCCUCCUUCAACCUGGAUGAUUCGGAGGUGGCGUUGCUACAAGCCGUGAUUUUGCUUUCCUCCGAUCGUCCAGGUUUAACGAGCGUAGAACGGAUAGAGCGCUGUCAGGAGGAGUUCCUCUUGGCCUUCGAACAUUACAUCAACUACCGCAAGCACAAGGUGGCUCACUUCUGGCCCAAGCUGCUGAUGAAGGUGACAGACCUGCGCAUGAUUGGUGCCUGCCAUGCCAGCCGCUUCCUGCACAUGAAGGUGGAGUGUCCCACGGAGCUCUUUCCGCCCCUCUUCCUGGAAGUGUUCGAAGACUGACGGCCAACCAGUCAGGCCAAGCUGCUCCCACCAACACAACCUCCACAGAUCCGACCUCCCUCAGACUCCGUCUCCCUGUUCCCGGUCACAUGACUCUGUUCUAGCACUACUGAGCGUCAUUUCAUUCCGUAGUUUUAGGAGUAGCUCUCUGGCCUAUUUUGAAUGGAACCAUUCCUUUUACAAAGCGGGUACAUGUGAAUAGCGUUACAGUUUUUUUCUUUCACUCUUUGUAAAAAGAAAAAUCAGCUUUCUGUUACUAUAGUUUUUUUGUUUUUCCAAUGUUAAAUUGUUUUAUUUCUGAUCAUAGUCUUUGAUGCCGCUUAAUGGAGAUGAAUGAACUAUGCAUUGGGGUUUCGUGUCACACGUCAGGCCUCAGAAAGGAGACAAAGAACACCACACUGCGAAUGAGGACAGCAAUAUUUGGUUUCCUUUCACGUCCCUUAUCUGUUGGUCAAAAGAUCUUUUCAUGCUCACAUUAAGCCAUUGAUUGUUUAUAGUUCUGGUCCAAACCCCAGUGAGUUGCCUACCUACACAACAUUUCAAGACAUAAUAGGAGCAUCCUUAUAUUGAGACCAUAAAAAAGCGAAAUCACAAACAAGGGCUCUUGAAUAUCGCAAUUGUGUUCUAGACAAGAUCACUACAUGGAAAGCAAAUUGUGACUUGACCCAGCAGGCACAGGGCGUCAAAUAUAACGUCAGGUUGAUGUCAGACGGAUGUUGCAUUUUGGUUGAGAAUGAAAAUCAGGUUGACGUCAGUGUUUGAUGCUGGAUUUUAGUUAGUUGGACAUCAAAUUAACAUUGACAUUAGCUUUCUCACCCGACGUUGCAACCGAAGUUUAACCAAAUAUCAACGUCUUAUGAGGUUGUGUCCUGCUGCUCUUGAAGAGUGAAAUCGCAGUAAUAUUACAUCUCAUCUUCCUCACUGUUCUUCACAUUAAUUUUAUCGCUCUGUACUCUUGUGCAUUCGCAUCUCAUGCUUUCUUCGACAUUUUAGGGGAAACAUCUUAAAAAAAAAAAAGAAUUGUAGAACCCACUGAGAAUUCCAGAAAAUAACCUCAGAGCAAUAAAACGGUCAUGUGAACAGUAGGCAUAAUAUUUAUAAUGCCUUCAGGAUUUUCAAAGUUGUCGGAUCGCUGUUCAAUUUCACACUACACAACUGUCUUUUGAAUUUGCACAACAUUUCAUUAGGAAGAAUCUCCAACAAAGCAUAUCAUUUACAAAAUGCAUGCAUGAGAAGUGAUGCAGAGAAUCACUGAUGUAAUUUCCAGUCAAAACAUGCUGCAAGACUCUGAGGCUGCAUUCCAGUCCGUUUUUUAUUCCCUUCACUCGCAAACUUCCCUCCGUCUUGUUUACUCGGAUGUAUGUCAUUGGUUACGUUGCAUGAGUGCACACUGCUGGCUGAACCCUUGCAAUGGGCUGAACUGGAACGUCCUGAACCCUUGAUCACUUAGAAUGCUCUAUGGAGUUGGGUUAUGGUUUACAUUUUUCUCCUUAUUAAUUUGUUUGGUGCAGCAUUCUAUGUAUAGGUAUGCUUGGGCUGUUAUAAAUGUAUAAACAAAUUCAUUUAAAUAUUAUAGAGUUGUAUAAAUCUGCGACAACGUCAUAAUCGUGUUGCAUUGUGGUCUAUGGAGCAGCCUGAAGCGUGCAUAUGAAGCAGACUCGCUCCCUCGGUCAAAAUCGAGGGGUCGAGGGUCUGUCCUUGUAAACUUCCCUCGUCCACUUCACGAAGUGGAACGCACUUCAAAAUGGCUGCAGGGAUUCCCCCGAGGGGAAGUGCUUGGGGAAGUUUGCGAGUGUGUGUCUAAAAGUGGAGUGGAACACAGCCUGAGUCACAGACAGGUCCAGAAAAUUCUCCUGCUAAACAUUUUUGGGCAUUGGCAAUACAUCUGUGCUUCUCUCAAAUCACGUCUUUGAUAACACACAUUAUGCGAUCAUCGCUCAUUUGCCUCGCAUUUCAGACGUUUGUUGGUGGUCUCCAGAAAACCUGGAGUCGGCUUAAAUUGGUGUAGCUUAUAAGUUGCAUAAGAUACCAUUUUUGUCUAAAUUCUAAGGCAGUGUUGCAUUUGUGAUGCAUCCUGUUUUGUGUUGCCUACAUACGCUUUUUUCAAAGCAGCUCGCUGGGUUUUGGAAUCAGAACUGUUUUCUGAAAAAAACAAAACAGAAAUUUCUAAAUGGCAAGGUGGCAUGCCAGUGUCUUGAUGGUGGUUGUGCCCUUGAGUAAAAUCCUGUUUCUUUUAUUAGUGCACCUAAAAGCUUUUGGACAAGUUCACGUAAUGAGGAAAUUCAUUAUUUAAUUUUUUUUUUAAUCUCAAAUGUUGAUCUCCAUCAACUUUAGCUCUUAAAGAAAAGAGAGCCUCUAGCCAGCAGCCACUAAUGUUAGCUCAUUAUGCCUCUAUUAAGGUGCCAAAAACCUCCCUGAAAAUCCGUUUCACUCUGUUUGGUCUUGUCGAGCUGCUCGGAGGAAACGUGGGAUCCUGAUUUUUUUACCCAUCCGUCGCUAGAUCCUUUGACCCGCAGGGAUGGAACUCUAUUCAGUUGAACGCUUCUUCUCUUCUAUAGCUGUCACACGAUAGACCAAGGCAAUGCUUCUGCUUGAACUUGUUGGUGCUAUGAGUUUGCCGAUUUAUACCUCCGGGAGUGCUGUCAGUUAACCUCCCAAUCGUCUGGGCGAUUGACGAGCGCAAAUACACAAAACGCUGAGGUCAGUGGUCAACCCUGCGACAAACAGGGAUGCUUUCGGAUGUGUCUGUGAUUGUUGUUUCAGCCGUUCUCGUUUCUGUCCUGGUUUUCCUCUUUUACUGUAGUGUUUUUAAUCUUUCUAGAGACGUCCUUGUGUGCUGCAAGAGAGUUUGAAUCUCAUACCUCUACUGAUUAUCAGGAACCGCCAGAACUGUUUUUUUUUUGUUUUGUUUUUGCUGUUGAAAGUUGGACAUGAAUUCAGAUUCUCACCUCAAAACGCAGAGCAUGUUCAAUCAGUGUUUUGUUAUAGUGAUGCCUUUUGUAAGCAAUAGAAUUGCUCCAGUGGUUUUACAUGUUUUUGGAUUACACAUACAAACGUACACGCCAACGUAGAUAUUCAACAGACUCGAAGUCAUUGCACAGACAAUCAAUGUGUUCGCAGAGAGUGUUAUGGAAAGAGGGAAGUAAGAGCCACAAGCCAGGGUCCAAAAUGAAUACUUUGCCACACUUGCCAGUUUACUCUUCACCAAGCUCCUCAACACCUUAUGGUUGCUUGCUCAGACAAGCUUUACAGAAUGUCCCAUGCAAACAUGCCCAGGCUAAAUUUGCGUAAAAUUUCAUUUACAGCUUUUCCCCAAAUUAAUUUAGUUGCAAAAAAAUAAAUAAAUGCAUGAAAACCACAAUCUGUGACAGAUUAUUCUUCAGUAGAUUUUAGUAGUUUGUAUAUAUUUGUUUUUACAAUUCGAUUUAAAUCAUGCAUUAUGUGUAUUGUUUUAUGCGCUUGACAAAGCCAAGUUUGGUUUUGUUUUCUUGGUGUCAGCACUUGGCAAAUGCUAAUUUUGGACCCUGGCCACAGAUCAACACAUGCAUGCACAGACUAGCUGGGAGUUAAUACUAUUUCCUCUCAGAGCACAGGUAAAAAACACAAACGCACUACAAAAAUAAAGAUAUUUAUGGUGUAAAGGAAAGAGGCUGUAUUUUUUCAGACUGCAGAUAUUUUUUACAUGUUAUAUGCACAAUAUGAACAUUUUUGAGCAGUUUUACAACAAGGAAACAAAAGACUGUCUUUUCUCAAAAAUCUCUCACUAUUCUCAAACAAAAAACCAGAGUCCUGUUUUUUAACAAUGUCUCUUUAAUGAUCUCUCCUUAGUGUGUUUCUUCAUUCCAAAUUCAUUGUUUAACCAUGGUAAUGACAACUAAUGUAUGCUAUCUAAUAAUAAUCAUAACAACAACAACAACAAAGAAAUCCAGCACAACCAAUCACAAAAAGCAAUCCUUACUGGAUCUAAAGCCCAUAUUCAAAGAAACCAACCAGAUCUCACCAAGCUGAACUGAAAGAAAUGCAUCCCCAGAAACAAUUACAGCACAUGUACUUCUGUUUCUAUGUGUCUUAGUUAACAUUUCCCUGAUUAGUCCACAGUAUGCUGGUGGCAUGAAUAAGUGAAUUUUGAAUGUGAAUCAGUUGUCCAACAUGACAAGAAAAUGUAUUUUACUUUCUCUCUGUUCUUCAGUUUUUUUUGUUUUUGUUAGUUUUUUUAACCAAAAAGAACGUAUUGCACAAGCCUGCUGUGUGACAGUGGAGCCUUGAAUUUGAGUUUGGAUCAUGAUGUGAUUUGGAUAUCCUGGAAGAGACAUUGCACUAGAAAAUAAUCCUGGAUUUGGCAAAAGAUGAUGACAGUGAUGACAUUUGCACCUAAGGUGAAUAGGAGAAUAAAGAUGGUUUUGAGAAACCCCUGCAAUAUUUGUUGUGCUUUGUGAGACUCUGUAUGCAUUUUUCGGCCUUAAUUAAUUGAUUGUAUAUAGCAGUCUUUAUUGAAUAGAAUAAAUGUGAGUUUCAUUUAGAUUGUCAAAUUUCACAUUACAAUAUUUUGCAUGACAAGUUUGCACUCUCAGAUAUUUUAACUUGACCUUCAGUGAAUGCACUGAUGAAGACCAUUUCAGCAGAAUGUAACUGGUCAGAGCUAUGGUCAUCUGUCCUUGUCCUUAUCUGUGAAAAGACAUAUGACCAGAUCACAACACUGUCUAUGAUCACAACCAAAGUGUUUUAAUAAAAACAACACAUUGUUAAAGAUCAAGAUGGUAAUAUCAGCUGCUGCAGAAUUUCAGGAAACAGGUCUCAGAAAUUCACAUUAACAUUUGAUGUGUCCCAGAGCCUUUGAUAGUU